AUGCUUCGUCGGGUGUGUUGGAACAACCUUCGCGUGGAGAACGAGCAGAUCGGCAAUACGGACUCGUUCAAGAUCGUGCGCGAUCUGCCGCUGCCGUAUCGGCAAAAGCUGCGCGACGAGGCCGAGGCGGGGUCGGAUACGGACGGCGUGCACAGUACGGGCAUCUUUGCGAAUGUGCGACUGGCAAGGCUGCGGAAGAAGGCGCAUGCGGUGGCUACGCACACGCCUCCGUCGGAAACCGAUCGCGCCUCCCCCGGCGAGGUGGAGGCGGAAGUGGGGGCCAAGAGAAAGUCGCUCAUCGAAGGCCUGCGCACCAAGCUUGUCCCGGAUGCGCGGUCGGACGAGAUUGGCAAGUCGCUCGACGAGCGUGCGGUGACCAAAGGCCGAUCUGGACGCGACUAUACACCGCGACGGGGGGAGUACGACCGAGGCCUCGUUGAUGUUGACAGCGACGACGACGACGAAGACGACGACGACGACGACGAUGCUCACGAGGCGCACGCGAGCAGCAAGGAGCAUACGUCUGACGACAGCCGUGGCACCUCGCUACCCCAACCCCCACCUCGAGCCGUUGCUCGCCAACGACGCCAUGCUCCAACUUGA